AUGGUCAUUGAGCAAUCUUUGAAAUUUGAGUUUAAGGCGAGCAACAACCAAUCUGAAUAUGAAGCACUGAUAGCCGGUUUGAGACUCGCCAUAGAAUUGGGAGUUCAAAAAUUGUUCAUCAAAGGUGAUUCACAACUGGUGGUUAAGCAAGUAAAGGGGGAAUAUCAGGUGAAGGAUCCACAACUUUCCAAAUACCUGGAAAUUGUGCACAGGCUAAUGAUGGAGAUAGAAAAGAUCAGAAUAGAACAUAUUCCAAGAAGCCAAAAUGAAAGGGCAGAUGUAUUAGCGAAACUAGCUAGCACGGGGCGGUUGGGCAAUUAUCAAACAGUCAUCCAAGAAACCCUCCCUCGCCCCAGUAUUGACCUAGUGGAAAUUAAAAUAAAGGCGGUAAAGGCAGUAAUAGAGGGCGAACCUUCGUGGAUGGAACCAAUCAAAAGUUUUAUAAAAAAUCCUCCAAAAGAAGAAAGUUUGAACACAAGAGAAAAGCGCAGGGAAGCCAGUUUCUAUACAAUGGUAGGCGAUGAGUUGUAUCGGCGGGGAAUUAUGUCACCAUUACUCAAAUGCGUGGGCAUGAGUGAUGCUUAG